UAACUAAAAGAAUCUAAAAAAAAGAGAAAAUUCCAACAAAAUCAAAGAUGUGCCUAAUUUUCUCUAUAAAUAUGAUGUUCUCUUGCUUUUCGUUUCUUCCCAAAUGAAUUUGACUCUAUUCAAAAGGCUAAACAUACCAAAAAAAUCCCACAUUUUUUCUCUUGAAAAUUCUGGGUUUUGAUCAUAACCCAUAUUUAAUUUUGGUCUGUUUCAGAUUCUUCUUUACCGAAUAGCUAUGGAACCAAACUUCUUUGAGCAAGAACACUUUGAGUCUGAUGGAGAUAUUUCGCUCAAGCAGAAAUGGAAUCCGAUAACUGCACCAACAAGAGAUCUUGAAAAGGAUUCAGGCGGCUUUGAUUGCAACAUUUGCUUCGAGUCAGCACAAGAUCCGGUAGUCACCCUUUGUGGUCACUUGUACUGCUGGCCGUGCAUUUAUAAGUGGCUUCAUGUCCGAACUUCUUCCCUUGAUGCAAACCAGCAGCAGCAGAACUGCCCUGUGUGCAAGGCAAACAUAUCUUCCAGCUCAUUGGUUCCCCUUUAUGGUCGUGGUAAAUCUUCAGACUCUGAAUCGAAGAAUCCCCACUCAGAUCUGGUCAUUCCCAAAAGACCACCUCCUUCUGGAUCAAACACUAUGAUCACUUCUUCGCAUCCAAGUCAGCGACUUCAUGAAAAUUUUUUCCAUUCUCAGUUUCAUCACCAGCAAUACUUCCCUCACCCUUAUGGAGGUUAUGCAACCUUGGCAUCAUCUAACCUCGGUGGCAUAGCGAUGACAAAUUUCUUCAAUCCGAUGAUUGGGAUGUUAGGGGAAAUGGUCUAUGCCAGGAUAUUUGGGGGCUCAAACACAAGUUUGUUCGCUUAUCCUUACCAAGCUUCUUACCCCUUUUUCGGGAAUAACAAUCUUAGGAUGAGAAGGCAGGAAAUGCAGGUUGACAAAUCUCUUAGUAGAGUAUCCAUCUUUCUUUUCUGUUGCAUUAUUCUUUGUCUUCUCUUGUUUUGAAAGUAUUUACUUUGAGCUUGUAUAGUUGUAAAAAGAUAGGUCAAUGAACAAGCCAAACACAGAGUUAUUGUCGGAAAAUUUCUGAGGAACUCAUUUCUGAGGUUUCUCUCCCAUAUAUUUAUAUGUAUAUAGAGUACUUAU